UGUCCCUUUCACUGGGGGCAGAAGCACCAAAAAGAAGCCAGUACAUCUGGAAAACAGGUGUAUGGGGUGGAUGUGUGGCCAAUGAUUGUGGUUCAGUUGGGCUCCAGAGUCGCUCGGUGUGGUGUGUCCAUUCUGAAGGCUGGAGCACACAUCAAUCCAACUGCUUUCCAUCUGAUCGCCCACCGCACCAGAGAGCGUGUGUGAAGAUGUGUGAGUGGCAAAAGGAUCUGUUUGAGUGGCGCUUGUCUCCUUGGGGUCCCUGCACCCCGAGUCCUCUCCACCCAGCCAAUCGAUGUGUGACCGCUCAGCGUGGAGUACAAAACCGAGGUGUGGUGUGUGUGAAGCGUACUAACGGCACCACGGUGAGCCAACAUGUGUGUGAAGCGUUUUCUGCAGUGCCGGAACGAGAACAGGCGUGUUUGUUACCCUGCCCAAUCGACUGCAUCGUCUCCGCCUUCACCCACUGGUCCACCUGCAGCCGCACCUGCGGGUCGGCCCUCCAACAGCGCACCAGACACGUGCUGGCAGCGCCCCUGUAUGGAGGAGCAGACUGUCCCAGCCUCACCCAGACACGUCCCUGUAACCAUGACAACGCCCACCCUGCUCUCUGUCCCUCUGACCAACAGGAAUACAGUUACAGUUUGUGGGUGGGGCCCUGGAGCCCUUGCAGACUUAAAGGGACAGCACCUGUUGGAAAGACAACGGUGGACUUUGGUUUUGAACUUGAUGGGAAAAAAACAGUCAAAGCUUCAUACACCAUCAAACGUCACACUGAGAAUAAUUAUCACCAAAACCAUUAUGAUGAAAGAGGCCACAAAGUAUCCUGGGAAAUAACCAUUGGCUAUCAGACACGGCAACUGCGCUGUACAAGGAGUGAUGGGAAGAAUGCCAUGCUAAGCCUUUGCGACCAUGACAACAACCCCGUGAACUUUCGUUCAUGUGUGAUGCCCAGAGACUGUAGAGUGUCUGAUUGGUCGCAGUGGAGUCUGUGUUCAAAGACGUGUCGGACAUCUGAUCAAUCACCUGGCUUCAGAUUCAGGAGUCGCAGGCUAAAGAGAGCAGCCAUUGGUGGAGGAGAGCCAUGCCCCGCCCUGGAGGAAAAAGCAAACUGUAAUGUUUUGGAAGACACACUGCCACUGUGCCCAAGGUAUGAGUGGAGGGUGACCAAUUGGAAGGCAUGCCAGGUGACCUCACUUUUGAGUCAGCAGGACCAUCACCAUAGCAAUACCAGCAUCCUGUGUGGAGGUGGGAUCCGGACCCGAGAGGCAUAUUGUGUCAGGAUCCAUGACAGCACAGUACUGUCCCAUAGUAAGAACACUGUUUUCGAUAGUUAA